AAAUGAAACUUAAGGCGCAAAGUGCAAGGUCCUAUUUUUAAUUUGAAGAUGAGUAAGAUAGGCGUUCGUGAAAGUAAUCUCAUGGAUAGUUUGAUGACACCGACCGGUCGCGUUCUUUUUGCUCCACCUGCGCGCGCAGCUUCUCAGUCUGACUCCUAAAUGCCGCGCCGCACGCGCCUCGAACGCGUCCGUUGAAAUCCGCGCGAAAAUGAAAUCGAGCUUCUAAAUUCAAACAUCGAUUCCGAAUUAAAUUUUCUAAUUUUUUAAUUUAUUUUCAGUGUCUAGUUUAUUUUAUCUGUUAGUUUUUAAUUUUAAAUUUUAAAAGUGUUUAUUUAAAGUGUAAAAAUGAAGUUUAUCUUUGGUCAUAAUAUUCCCAGUGUUGUUUUGAUGUCGCUGGUUUUACUGGCUAAUGCUCAAAGAUCUUCAAAUAACGUGCACAGAGAUCUGGAAUGUUCGACCUGUAACGACGAUGAGCUCGGAGUCACGCGGUGGACUAUGCCACUGCUCAAGACGGGGGAGAAGAGAUACUAUCUAGGAAUAUUCUUCAAGGCGAACUGGUUUAAAGCGCAACAAUACUGCCGGUUCCACGGCAUGCACCUCGCCUCCAUCGCCUCUCAGCAGGAGAACGACCAGCUCGAGAAAUACGUUAAGGACUCAGGUUACGGUCGCGAACAUUUCUGGACGUCAGGCACAGACUUGGCUGAAGAGGGCAACUUCUUCUGGAUGGCCAACGGGCGUCCGCUGACCUUCGUCAACUGGAACGCGGGGGAGCCCAACAACUUCCGCUACGAGAACGGCGAGGAGGAGAACUGCCUGGAACUGUGGAACAGAGAUGACAAGGGACUGAAGUGGAACGAUUCACCGUGCUCGUUUGAGACGUUCUUCAUUUGCGAAGUGCGAUCAGAUUAAAGCAGUGUAUGUAUGGACAUCAGAACGGCCAAGGUUUUUACAAAUACAAGAUGUAACAAAAAUAUUGGUGAUCCGUUUAAGGGUAUAUUCAGUAUCGUGUUUAAUAUAAUCAGUAUUAUGAAGAAAUAGAAGAAAUAUUUUUUUGUUAAAUUUUUUUCUAUGGGGCAUGUCGUCCAAGUCGGCCGCAAUGACAAAAAAAAUGUUCGCGUCAAACAUAUUUUUCUUCUGCUUUUUCCUAAUCAGACAUGAUACCGCCGAUAUGCCCUUAAACGGGUCAUUACAAUUUUUGUUACACCUUUUAUUUGAGCAAAGCCUCUAUUAUUAAUAAAUUAAAGCGCAAGUUCGUUUUGAGCACAACAAAAAAAAGUUUCGAGCACCCUGGCCGCUCCGCAUAUCUGAUCUGUAAGAAGAGAAGAGAUGUCCCGUUUAAUAGCGUCGUAAGUGUAGGUAAUUGGUCCAAAAAAAAAGCGAAUUGGUUCAUGACUGAAUACAUCUGUAGGUAAUGAUUUUUUAUUGUUUAAAACUCCGUACCAUUAUUAUAUUUACGUCUGAUCGGGAUGCGCGUCACGAUAAAAGUAUGUAGGUACAAGAACAUUACAAAAAAAACAUGUAAUUUUUUUAAGAUUUUCACGUGUAUAAAUAAAUGUAAAUAAAACACAACUGAAUGGUUGUAAAAAGUUUGUUACCUUAAGUAAUCGUACCGUUAAGUCACAUUUUUGUAAAAGAGACCUCAGAAGAUUAAAAGUUACCAAUUUGUUCGUUACUAUUAAUUUGUUUAAGUUACAAAUUUGUUCCAGGUACAAAUUUGUUCAUUAUCCAUUUCUCGUAACUUAUUCUGCCUGUAAAAAAUACAAUCAUGCUCUAAAUGUAGAUAAUUAAAGGAUUAGUUCGGUCAGUAGUAAAAUUACAACGUAGAUAAGUGUUUGGUUAUUUAUUAAUGUAGUUUUUGAACGAAACGAAAUAGUAAACGAUCACUGCCACAUGAUCUUUUGAGCUUCAA